AUGCCUCGUGGUCAGAAGAGUAAGCUCCGGGCUCGGAUGAAACGCCAGCAGACCCAAGGAAGGAAUAGGAAUACCAUGGGUGCGGAGACCAAAGGAGCUGAGGGAGAUCAGCCGUCCCCCUCCACCGCUGCUGCUUCUGAGGGCACUGCUGCAGGCUACUCUGGUGCAGAUGUGCUCCAGCUGCUUGAGGAAGAAGAGGGAGCUGAGGCGCAACCAAGCACCUCCAGGGCCGCACUGUAUUUUGCGAGCACUCGCAAAGAUCCUCUGGUCAGGAGAACCUGUAUGGUGGUGCAAUUCCUGCUGGAAAAGUAUAGAAUGAAGGAGCCCAUUACUCAGGCCGCAUUGCUGAAGAUUGUCAGCAAGAGGUACAAGGAUAGCUUUCCUGAAGUUAUAAGGAGAGUCUCUGAGCGCAUGGAGCUGGUGUUUGGCCUCGAAUUAAGGGAAACCUAUCCCAGUGGCCACACCUAUACUCUUGUUAGCAAGCUGGGCUCCACGGGUGUGGGUGAUGAAGUCUGUCCUGGGGAAUUGCCUAAGAUGGGGCUUCUGAUGACACUCCUUGGUGUGAUCUUCAUGAAGGGCAACCGGGCCAUUGAGGAGGAGAUCUGGGAUUUUCUAAGUAUGUUGGGGAUCUUUCCUGGAAGGAGGCACUUAAUCUUUGGGGAGCCCCGUAAGCUUAUCACCCAAGAGUUCGUGCAAGAAAGGUACCUUGAGUACCAGCUGAUUCCCCACAGUGAUCCUCCAGUCUAUGAGUUCCUGUGGGGCCCAAGAGCCUACACUGAGACAACAAAGAUGAAAGUGUUAGAAGUUAUAGCUAAGAUCAAUGACAACAUCCCUUCUAACUUCCCUGAUAUGUAUGAGGAGGCUCUGAGGGAUGAGGAAGAGAGAGCAAGAGAGAGAUCAAAGCAAAGGGCUGCCAAGUCCCGUCGGCCUCCCAAGCCUGCGUCCAAUAACCCCCCCAACGUUUAG